UUUUAUGUUAUGUUUGUCUCUCCUCUUCUUUCUUGCCUUCACGUUUAAACACGUACAAUUCCCAGUUUCUCUUUCUCUCUCUCUAUGUGUGCGUGUGUGUUGAAAUUCCCCUUUUUCCCCUGUUUGAGUCGUGGAUUUCUUUGGAUAGUUUGGGUUGCUUGCUAGUUGCUAUUAUUGGAAUUGGUAUUUGUUUAAGCAUGUCAGUGGCGAUGAGAAAUAAACCUCUUGAAUUUGGGAGGCCUGUAACAAGUAAAAGAAAAUUCAAGGACUUAUUGCUUCAAAAGGAUAAUCAAUUUUGUGCUGAUUGUAAUGCUCCACAACCUAAAUGGGCGUCGGCUAAUAUUGGAGUAUUUUUAUGCUUUAAAUGUUACAAUGUGCACAGAAGUCUUGAUACUCAUAUAUCAAGGGUUUUGUCUGUGGGGGAUGAAUGGUCAGAUGAUGAUAUUGAUGCAAUGAUUGAAGUUGGAGGAAAUUCUUCUGCUAAUUCAAUAUAUGAAGCUUAUAUUCCAGAAGGAUAUGCAAAACCUCAUCCAGAUUCCAGUCAGGAAGAGCGCACAAAAUUCAUUCGGUCAAAAUAUGAAUAUCAAGAAUUUUUGAAACCAAGUUUGCGCAUUGUGUCUUCGAAAUCUUCUCAUCAAUCAAGUUUCUCCAAACAUAAUGCUGAUAGUUUCCGGAGCUCUUAUGAAUCCAGUUUCUCCAAACGUGAUGCACAUAGUUUUCGAAGCUCUCAUGAACCCAGUUUCUCCAUGCGUAGUGCGGAUAGCUUUCGAAGCUGUCAUGAAUCCAGUUUCUCCCAAUGUGAUGCAGAUAGUUUUCGAAGCACUACUAGUUUAAAGAAUCUGGAAAGAACGAGAGAAUUUAUCGGAAAGUUGCAGGUGAAAGUGAUUAAGGGCACAAAUUUAGCUAUUAGAGAUAUGAUGACAAGCGAUCCAUAUGUUGUCUUGAAACUUGGUAAACAGACUGUUAAGACAAAUGUAAUAAAGAGUAAUUUGAACCCGGUCUGGAAUCAGGUGCUUAUACUAUCUGUUCCUGAGGCUUUUGGCCCAUUGGAUUUGAAGGUGUUUGAUCACGACUUGUUUUCGGCUGAUGAUAUAAUGGGAGAAGCACAGGUAGAUCUUCAGCCCCUGAUUGCAUCAGCAAUGGCAUUUGGAGAUGCUGGAAUGUUUGAUGAUAUGCAGAUAGGAAAAUGGCUAAAAUCGCACGACAAUGCACUAAAACAUGAUAGCACAGUUAAUAUAAUUAAUGGCAGGGUUAAACAAGAGAUAUCACUUAAGCUCCAGCACGUUGAAUGUGGAGAAUUAGACUUAGAACUCGAGUGGAUACCUCUAUAACAUUAACAUCAUGUAUAGUUAAUUAUUAGGCCAAUUUAGUAGAGUUAGAGGUAGCUAGUUUUUGGAUCCUCCGAUUUGAUAUUAAAAAGUUUUUAAAAAUUCUCUUGCAAAGUAAUCGGACCUAUCGAUUACAUAUUCCUAUACAAAAAAAAAGCACAUAACAAAGCCAAUAAAAUUAGAUUGCACACAUCUAACAUUCUUUAUCCAUAAUAAAAAAAUUUAGCCACAAAAUAAACCUCUGGUUCUACGUCUUUUAUUUAUUCACAGAAAUAAAAUAACAAUUUUAAUUUUAAUUUUUAUGUAAUGGGUAUUAAAGGUUAGAUAUAGCCGACCCCACUUAGUGGGACAAGGCUUUGUUGUUGUUGUAUUAAAGGUUAGAUAUAUAUAUACUCUUACUCUUGACUAUAUAUAUUUACAGUGGCACCUAUGCGGCUAUGCCCAAUGAGAUGAUAGGAAAUUAGUAAUGAAAAUGCUAUCACGGGGGAUUAAUUUAGACACCCCUCCUCAGCUCUCCCCCCUACCGAAUAUUACGUCAGAAAGCUCGUCUGUAGGAAA